AUGGACUCCUCCUGUCACUCCCAACUUCGAAGUUGUCCUUGUUCAUCUCCCAUUGAGUCAACCGUCGGGGAUGCCAUAGUCCAUGACGAACAGCACAGGCGACUGGUGGAUUGGCUUGCCGCUUCAACUGGGUCCACCAAAGAUGAAGAUGUUGAGUGCUCAUCGACUCCUUGCACUGUGGCGGACUGUCGCGUACGACGGGUGAUGGUGUCAUUCUACAUCUUGAAAGAACUGCGAGCAGCUUGCAAACCAUUCCUCGAGUCUUCUACUAGUAGUCGAUCGAACAACAACAGCAGCAGCAACAGCGAAGAUGGAAGGUCGCCUCAAAAGAAGCAUCCUCCACCAAUGACACAACCAAAUAAGCCAAUACAGGAGUCUUAUCAAGAUCAAUUUCCAUCGCUAGCAUCACAACAGCCACAACAACAACAGACACAGAAACACGACAAUUCACAAGAGAGACAUCAAGGCAAGAAAAAGAAGAAAAAGCGAAUUCGACCUGUAGCGGCUGUAGCACCUGCCCAAGGAAGCUCGGGUGUGUGGGGAGAAAUUGCCAAGCAAACGCCAAUGACAACCAACACCGCAUUCUCCUCAAGUUCCACCAGUACAAAGAGUUGGCCUCGCCAAGACAGCCAUGCCUGGGCAAAGCCGCAGCAAAACAACUUUCCACCAUUGUCAACAGCUAAUAAACCACCAAUCGAUACUCACAAUGCCAAACAGACUGGAGCCAAGGCGUGGGGCAACAAUACCGCUACUGCUACGAGAGAUCCACCCCAAACAACAACUCAACCAAGAAAUAAUAUUGGAUCUCAAACCCUUAUUAUUGGCUCUAAAAAUACUGCGAAAAUCAACAACAAAACAACUUCAAAAGAGUUCAAAACCACAGUAGGAAGCACCAAACAAGAUUUGUUGGAUGGCAGGAAACAUGUCACCUUUGGUAUUGGUCCAGAAAAUCAAUCGGUCGUCAAUACACCCAUCAAAGUAGCGUCUACCACUGCUUCCAGCAACAACAAUAACAAUAAUCAUCAAGACAAUAAUGACGAUCUGAAUCGAUUUGUGGAUAUCUACUGCACAUUGAUAUGGAAAAACUUGGUUCCUUCCACGGUUCUCGAGUUACAUCUACUCAUGAGGCUUUUGCACGUCAAGGGAAACAAGGAAAAUGCUCCAACCGCAGCUACUUGUGGUGACAACCAACAGAAAAUUUUCGCGGACACGCUCUUUGGUGGCAAUGACGAACACCGCGUACUGCUCUUUGCCGUCAAGGCACUCCGCCAACUGGCCCCAUGGCUCCAGGUGUUUGGCCUGUCGUUUUGGAAGGAUUUGAUUCAGAGCACUGCCUUUCGGACCCAUUUACCAGAUUUGACGAAACAGCUGGAAGAUAGGAUUCACAAGGAUCAAUCAUCAUCAGCCUUGUCGUCCACGCAAACUACAUUCGCCAGUCAAACGGCGCUCUUGACGUUGUCCUUUCAACACGAACGGGAUUCACGACAUCAUUUCAAGAGUCAGGACGAAAAAACAAUCUACAAGAAUCGAGAAGAAACGCGAGAUGCAUUCCUCUAUCAACUACGAGCCUUUCUCAGUAUCAAAGGCAAGGUACUCGAAGCCCAAAAACAAAUGGCCAAGAUCAAAUCCAAUUGUCGAGUCGUUUUGUAUAGUGUCAUGACGGUGAAUUUGCCGUGGUUCGCCCAAUUCUUUUGCGAACUACUCUUGCAAGUGGGACUCGUCCCGCUCCAAGAAAACGACAAGGAGCUCUUUGCGUUGGCCGGGUCCAAGGAAAAGCUACAGAAGCUGCACAAACGAUUCUCGUCCAAAUUUGUAAAUGGCAGCGGCGUCAAUUAUAACAACACCAAGCUCACCUUUGAGAGAAACAACAAGAAGCACGCGACCAUUGCACCGGAAGAACAAGCCAAAGAGUACUUUACCGGGCAUCAAGAGUUCUUUUUUCUCUUUAUCAUGUCCACAGACUCGCAUCGAUUUAACCGACAUUUGCAGCACCAGUUGGUCCAUCUCAUUCGCAGCUCCAACAAUCUUGACGAUGGAGUUGGAGGAGUUAGCAGCAAUAACCAAGAAACUCCCUUGGAAGAAAAAAUGUUGAAGCUGCAAAUGUUGGCGAGAUUUCUGGGUGUGAUUGUGUUUUGUCCGAGUUGGCAAGAAGUUUCCGGAAAGAGCACGAGCGUCCUUCAAAAGGGAAGCGAUGUGGCUCCAGUGGAUCUCCUGCAUCAGCUGCAACGGGACCCUACCGGGGGAUUGGACCUGCUCGAUGCUGUCAGGGCAUCGCAGAAUGCGGGAACUCUGUCACUCACCACUCCCUGGGUGAUUGAGUUUCUCAAGAUGGCAUCGUGGGAUGAUACGAUUGGAACAAGGUCAAGGAGUUACGUGCAGCUUGUCAUGAUGCUUCGAGAGAUUCAAAGAGAGCUCAAGUGCUCACUUUUCGAAUCCUUCAUUACCCAGCAAAAGACAACGCCGACUUUUCUGGUAGCCGUGUGGUGCCUGGAAUCCUUCUUCGGUGAACACGUUGGCCUGACAGAAGCCGCGUCUAUCCCAUUGUCUAACGAACUCCCAUCGUCGACAGGAACAACCGACAAUACCCCGAUAUUGCCUCGUGAUGAAGAAAAGGAGCAGGCCAGCAGCACCAUCGAUGCAACGCCUUUGAGUUUUCGCAUGUCUACCCUGUUUGCAGUCAACCCGCGACUUGAGGAUUUGGUCUCGCUGGUUUCCCAUUUGUCUCGGGACGACAACAUUAGAGCAUCCGCGCGAAGCCCGGGAAUCUCGAGAAAGCUGCGACCUCUCAUGUUGAGCAAGGGCGUCGCGGAACACAACGGCACGGGCUCUCUCAAGAACGCCAGUGCCGACAAUCCUAUCGAUAAGCUGUUAGUGAUCGAGGAGGCACCGGCCAUUGCUGUUUUAUCUGCGACAACGGCAAGCAACAAGAACUCCUUGGAAGCCAAAAUGGUGGACACGUUCUUUCAUCAGCACAAGGCGUUAAAGGCAAUAUGCGAAUUCAGUGUGCAUCGGCUCCUCAAGAGCAUUCUCGGUGAAAUACAUGAUCGAUACCAAGACACGUCGGCAGAUGCGACUGCACUAGUGGACGAUGCAUUGGAGUUUCUUCGCGCAAGCCUGGAAGCCAAGAUGGACCAGUCGUUGACGCUUUUGGAGCCUCCCGACACUCCGAUCAAGAUUCAUCAGCUGGCCGUGUCUCUAGCUGUGGCUCGAGGAUUCGAGACUGGAGCUCCCCUUGUCCGUGACCUAGUUGUCAAGGCGAGCCAAGAGCACGUUGAAAAGGAUCUUGACACCAUUCAGCGAUGCUUAUUUCAAGGGACGACAGAUCAUGCACUCGACAGGAAAGAACCCACUCACGCCGAAGUCCUGGCGGCUCAACUUAGCAGCCUGACACGGAAACUGAACGAGCUGAAAUCAAGGAUCUUGGACGUCCUUGACAAUGAGGCCUCGUUUGAUCUUGUCAUUGUGACUUUAAAGGAACUUGAACCAAUGGUGGAUGAGUUUGUCAAUUCAAAGAAUCCCCGGAUGCCGCCAGAGAAGCAAUCGCGUGAUCAUUUUGAGGCUAUUGCAGAGCUUGAUGAAGUCUCGGUGCGUUUCGUCCAGUUCUGUAUCGACCGCCAAAUGCCACCGCGAAUAGAUUCCGGCAAGCGCUGGGUGGGUCUCGACAGCUUUCUUCACAUUGCGUCCAUGUUGUCUGUCCACCCACGACGUGGUUUCGCACGUAUCCGCCGAUUCUUUUGGGAUCUCGAGUCUCUCGAGCAAACGAUCAGAUUCAGCUUGGAGACUGGCUCUGGCAAAGAAGUCGCGGAAAGGCUGACCGCCCUAGCAAACACAACAUUGCUUUCCCCCAGGCGCGUUGAAGAGGUUGAGGUCCGAGCAAUGCGACUUGGCCAAGACGACAUCGUAGAAAUCGCGAAAGCAAUUGUCAAUGAUUCUAUCAAAUCGGAGGCUUGA